AUGAUCAAUGUGCUGUUUGGUCUUCCUACACACUCCUGUAUUAUCUGGCUCAUCAUCACGAGAGGUGGAAUCGCAUCGGAGUUCUUUAUUCUCAAUCUCUCUAUCUGUGAGAUCGGUAACUGUGUCAGCUGUAUCUUUGCUGUACUGAUACAUUGGAUUUUAAGUCUCAAGACUUUAGCGCUGACUUUAUUUGGACUGUUCUUCGCCGGUCGUCCUCUGUUUCACUGUCUGAUGUGUGUGGAGCGUUACCUGGCGGUGGUUCAUCCUGUAACCUUUCUGAAGUACAAACCUCUCAGAUAUAAAGGGAUCUCCUCCGCCGCCGCCUGGAUCGUGUGUCUUGGAUCCUGUUUGUGCUGCCUUCUCUUAUUCGAAUAUUAUAUGAUAGCGUAUAUGGUGUUGUUCUCUACGAUGUUCAUUCUCUUCCUCUCCAUCCAGUUGUUGUGUUGUCUGGCUGUUCUCAGAGCUCUGAAGCAGUCAGGACCAGGAGAGAGAGGGAGAGAGAGAGAGGAGGAAAACCACAUGAAGAGAAGAGCGUUUCAUCUCAUUCUCAUAACUACUGUGAGCAUGGUUAUCGCGUACAUCCCAUAUGCUGUUUUGGGAUUUUUUGCUGUAAUGACAUCACAUGUUAUUAAGGUAUUUUGGCUCAUUGGUUUGAUUUGUUUUGUUCUGUGUGGUUUUGUUCAGCCGGUGCUUUAUCUGAACCGAGCUGGAAAACUCAACUGCUUAUGUUCAACAUAA